CGAAUCGCAUCGCAAACAUGUCGGUCCCCGAAUCCAAAUACCUGAGCCCGAUAUGGCGAGACGACAUCUUCAAGGGCAAGGUCAUCUUCGUCACCGGCGGCGCGGGCACCAUCUGCAGCAUGCAGACCAGAGCCAUGGUCCGGCUCGGUGCCAACGCCUGCAUCCUGGGCCGGAACGCCAGCAAGACGGAGGCCGCGGCCAAGGACAUUGCGACGGCGCGGCCGGGGGCCAAGGUCAUUGGCAUUGGAGAGUGCGACGUGCGCAAGAUUGAGAGCCUCGAGGCUGCGGCUGCGCGAUGCGCCAAGGAGCUCGGAGGCAUCGACUACGUGAUCGCCGGCGCGGCGGGCAACUUUGUCGCGUCCAUCGACGGCAUCAGCUCCAACGCCUUCAAGACGGUCAUGGACAUUGACGUGCUGGGCACGUACAACACCAUCAAGGCGACGCUGCCGCACCUGCUGCGCAGCCCGACGCCGCGCCUGCUCGCCGUCUCGGCCACGUUCCACUACACGGGCAUGCCCUUCCAGGCGCACGUCGCGGCGGCCAAGGCGUCGGUGGACUCGCUCAUCGCCAGCGUCGCGCUCGAGUACGGCCCGCGCGGCGUCGUGGCCAACGUCAUCGCGCCGGGCCCCAUCGCCGACACCGAGGGCAUGGCGCGGCUGGCGAGCAGCAAGCCGGAGCAGAUUGCCGAGUACGAGCGGGCGAUCCCCUCGGGGCGCUUCGGCACCGUCAGGGACAUUGCGGACGCGACGGUGUUUCUGCUGAGCGAGGCGGGCAGCUACAUCAACGGGCAGAUCAUCCCCGUGGACGGCGCGUCGUGGAGGAGGCAGGGUGCGUAUACGGUCGGCGUGGAUAUGGGCGCGCGGUAUCCCGACUUUUUGGAGCCGGGGCGGACGACGGAGGGCUUGAAGGGGGCGAAGAAGGACAAGGCCAAGCUGUGAGUGGGAGCUGGUCUGUGGCGUUUAUUGGUG